AUGGGUCCCCAAAGAAGGUUGGGGAUAUAUGUUGGGUAUGAAUCUCGUUCUAUUAUAAAAUAUUUGGAAGCUAGAACUGGAGAUUUAUUUACGACAAGGUUUGCUGAUUGUCAUUUUGAUGAAUCAGUAUACCUAACAUUAGGGGGAGAACAAAAGCAGUUGGGAAAUGAGAUAGAUUGGAAUUCACUUUCACUGUCUCAUUUAGACCCUCGAACAAAUCAAUGUGAGCUGGAAGUUCAAAAGAUAAUUUAUUUGCAGAAUAUUGCAAAUCAACUGCCGGAUGCAUUUACUAACCUUCCACGGGUUACUAAAUCAUAUAUCCCAGCUACUAAUACUCAAGUUCGAGUUGAUGUCCCGAUAGGACAAAAUGUUAAGGCAAAUGAGUCUGGACCACGCUUAAAACGUGGUAGACCAAUUGGUUCCAAGGAUAAAAAUCCUCAGAAAAGGAAAGGAAUAAAUGAUCAAGAUAAUCAUAAUAUGGAGGCAACUGCGCAUGAAGAGCUCCGAGACAUAAUAAAUGAUGACACCAAAGAGGAGGUCCAUGUACCAGAAAAUAAUGAGAAUGAAGAAAUCUCUAUUAAUUAUGUCUCGACAAGAAAAAUGUGGAAUCGAAAUAAUAUUGUGGUGGAUAAUAUUUUUGCCUAUAAUGUUGCAGUUGAAAUAAUGCAACAAGAUGGGGAUUUGGAGCCAAGAUCUGUCAAUGAAUGUAAACAGAGAAAUGAUUGGCCAAAAUGGAAGGAAGCAAUUCAAACAGAAUUGGCUUCACUUGAAAAACGUGAAGUUUUUGGACCAAUAGUCCGAACACCUGAAGGUGUCAAGCCAGUGGGGUAUCUAAUAAAUAUGACAGUUCAUAAAAAGCUUGAAAUGCAUCUAAUGGACGUUGUCACAGCUUAUUUAUAUGGCUCACUAGACCACAAUAUUUUUAUGAAAAUCCCUGAAGCACUCAAAGUGCCUGAAGCAUAUGAAAAUUCAAAAGAAAGUUGUUCAAUAAAGCUUCAGAAAUCCUUAUUUGGAUUGAAACAAUCAGGGCGAAUGUGGUAUAAUCGUCUUAGCGAAUAUUUGCUAAAAGAAGGGUAUAAGAAUGACCCUAUUUGUCCUUGUAUUUUUAUACGAAGGUCAAAAUCUGAAUUUGUAAUAAUAUCUGUUUAUGUUGAUGACUUGAACAUCAUUGGAACUCCUACAGAGCUUUCAAAAGCCGUUGAGUGUUUGAAAAAAAGAAUUUGA